AUGGACGACGACGAGACCGAGACGCUCUUUGGGGCGCCGCGGCGUCGGAACGAGCCGACGCAUGUGCUCGCGGCGCUGGACGAUGAUGUGGAUCUGCUCGAUGGCGACGACAUGAAGCCGCCGGCCGAUGAUGGCGCGUCGGUGCUGGGCGUGGCGAAGGCGGCGCCGGCCGAUGACGUGCUGUGGGACGAGGAGCACUGGAUCGACGAUAUACCCAUGCGUCCCGUCGGCUCGAGCAAGCGGAUCGAGGCGGAUGACGACGACGAUGCGAUCCAGCCUACCUCGCGACGGCCGCCGUCGCCGCCGCCACAGCCUGAGCGCGAGGCGCCGCGGCGGCCAGCCGCGUCGACGUCGCGCGGUGCGCAGCUGCUGCGGCUGCUGCUGGCCGAUGCGAAGUGGCAGCUGCUCUCGCUGCGGCACCGCCUGCGCCGUGAGCUGCGCUCGUGGCGCGGCCUGCCGGUCGGUGACGACAAGCGCACGAUCGUGCUGAACGAUGCUGCGGCGAACGUGAACGACGACUAUGACAGCAACCAGGUGAUGACGAACAAGUACAAUCUCGUGACGUUUGUGCCGGUGUUUUUGGUGGAGCAGUUUUCGAAGUAUGCGAAUCUGUUCUUCCUGUUCAUCGGGUGUAUCCAGCAGAUUCCGGGCGUGUCGCCGACGAACCGGUGGACGACGCUUGUGCCGCUGGCGAUCGUGCUGCUGAUUGCGGCUGCGAAGGAAAUCUCGGAGGACUGGCAGCGGUACACGGCGGACAUGGAGAUGAAUGCGCACCUCGUGCCUGUGCUCGACGUGAGCAGCGGGACGUGGGUGUCGCGGGCGUGGCGCGAGGUGCGUGUCGGCGACAUUGUGCGGGUGUCGCGGGACGAGUUUUUUCCCGCGGACCUCGUGCUGCUGAGCAGCAGUGAGCCGGAGGGGCUGGCGUAUGUGGAGACGGCGAACCUGGACGGCGAGACGAAUCUCAAGGUGAAGCAGGCGCUGCCACUGACGGCGCCGCUGGUGUCGGCGACGCGCGUUUCGUCGCUGCGUGGCACGCUGUCGUGCGAGGCGCCGAACAACAGCCUGUACACGUUUGAUGGGACGCUGGACGUGCCUGGCCAGGCACCGCGUCCCGUCGGGCCUGAUCAGCUGCUGCUGCGUGGCGCGCAGCUGCGCAAUGCGCCGUGGGUGUAUGGCCUCGUGGUGUUUACGGGCCACGACACCAAGCUGCUGCAGAAUGCGACCAAGACGCCGCUGAAGCGCACGCGGGUGGAAAAGCACGUGAAUGCGCUCAUUCUGUCGCUGUUUGGGCUGCUGAUGGCGCUGUCGCUGAUGUCGAGUAUUGGCGCGCAGGUGUACAUCGGCUCGGCGCCGGCGUACCUGAUGCCGCAGCUCGAUGGCCGCAGCGGCGUGCGCCAGUUUGUCGAGUCGGUGCUGACGUUCAUCAUCCUGUACAACAGCUUAAUUCCCAUUUCGCUGAUUGUGUCGAUGGAUGUGGUCAAGUUGCAGCAGGCGGCGCUGAUCAACUCGGACUUGGACCUGUACUAUGAGCCGCACGACACGCCGGCGCAGUGCCGGCGCUCGAACCUCGUGGAGGAUCUGGGCCAGAUUGACUACAUUUUUUCGGACAAGACGGGCACGCUGACGCGCAACGAGAUGCAGUUCCGGCAGGCCUCGAUCGCGGGCGCCACGUUUGCGGACGUGGUGAGUGAUGCGCCGGCGGCGGAGGAGCGGUUCGCGUGGGCGAGCCUGCCGGACGUGCUGGCGCGGGGCGAUGCGCUGGCGCGUGCGGUGCAUGCGUUUCUGUGUCUGUUGGCGGUGUGCCACACGGUGAUUCCUGAGGCGCGGGGCGAUGGCCGAGUGGUGUUCCAGGCCUCGAGUCCCGAUGAGGCCGCGCUGGUCGCGGGUGCGCAGGCGCUGGGCUACGAGUUUACGACGCGGACGCCGCGCUCGGUGUAUGUGCAGGUGCAGGGGGCGGAGCAGGCGUAUGAGCUGCUGCAGGUGUGUGAGUUUACGUCGGCGCGGAAGCGCAUGUCGACGGUGGUGCGUGAGCCGAGUGGGCGGAUUGUCGUGUACUGCAAGGGUGCGGAUACGGUGAUGCUGCCGCGCCUGUCGCCGGCGUGUGCGCAUGUGGAUGCGACGCUGCAGCAUCUGGAGGCGUAUGCGUCCGAGGGCCUGCGGACGCUGUGUGUGGCGAUGCGGGUGCUGGAUGCGGCGGAGUAUGAGGCGUGGGCGCGGCGGUACGAGCAGGCGGCGGCGCAGCUGGAUGGGCGGCGUGCGGCGCUGGAUGCGGUGGCGGAGGAGCUGGAGCAGGACUUGGAGCUGCUGGGCGCGACGGCGAUUGAGGACAAGCUGCAGGACGGCGUGCCGGAGACGAUUGCGACGCUGCAGACGGCGGGUAUCCGGGUGUGGGUGCUGACGGGGGACCGGCAGGAGACGGCGAUCAACAUUGGGUACUCGUGCCGCCUGAUAUCUGAGUCGAUGAGUCUGCUGAUUGUGAAUGAGGCGACGGCGGCGGACACGGCGUCGGUGAUCCAGCAGCAGCUCGCGACGAUCGAGGCGCAUCCGGACGCGGCGGAGGAGCUCGCGCUGAUUGUCGAGGGGCGCAGUCUGCAGCAUGCGCUGCAGGCGCCGCUGGCCGCGCCGUUUCUGCGCCUGGCGUCGCAGUGCAAGGCGGUCAUGUGCUGCCGAGUGUCGCCGCUGCAAAAGGCGCUGGUGGUCGAGCUCGUGAAGGCGUACACGGACGCGCUGCUGCUGGCGAUUGGCGACGGCGCGAACGAUGUGGGCAUGAUCCAGGCGGCGCAUGUGGGCGUCGGCAUCAGUGGGCACGAGGGGCUGCAGGCGGCGCGGAGUGCGGACGUGUCGAUCAGCCAGUUCCGGUUCCUGCGCAAGCUGCUGCUGGUGCACGGCAACUGGAGCUAUGCGCGGCUGAGCAAGAUGGUGCUGUAUUCGUUCUACAAGACGGUGACGCUGUAUGUGACGCUGUUCUGGUACUCGUUCUACAACGGGUUCUCGGGGCAGACGGCGUACGAGUCGUGGUCGCAGUCGUUCUACAAUGUGGCGUUCACGAUGCUGCCGACGCUCGUGAUCGGCAUCUUUGACCAGUACGUGAGUGCCGUGAUGCUCGAGCGGUAUCCGCAGCUGUACCAUGAGCCGUUCUUCACGGGCCGCGCGAUCGGCGGCUGGAUGGCGAACGCGGUGUACCACUCGAUCACGAACUUCUUUUUCGUGACGUACAUGUUCGAGGCGCAGACGAUCCGGCAUGCGGGGCACACGACGUACCAGUGGCUAUGGGGCACGGCGCUGUACUUCUCCGUGCUCGUGACGGUGCUCGGCAAGGCGGCGCUCGUGUCGAAUGUGUGGACGCGGUACACGCUGCUGGCGAUCCCGGGGUCGCUGGGCCUCACGCUCGUGUUCUUCGUCGUGUUUGCGACGAUAGCGCCGGCGCUCGGCGUGUCGAUGGAGUACUCGUACAUCGUGCCGCGCCUGCUCGGCACGCCGCGCUUCUGGAUCGUGAUUGUGUUUGUGCCUGUCCUGUCCCUGCUACGUGACUUGCUGUGGCGCUUCUGGCAGCGCACGUACCGCCCCAAGUCGUACCACAUCGUGCAGGAGAUGCAAAAGUACCAGCUGCAGGACGUGCAUCCACGCACCGACGCGUUCCGCAAGAACAUCCGCCAGGUGCGCGCCGUGCAGCGCAUGCGCCGCUCGCGGGGCUAUGCGUUCUCGCAGACGGAGCACCACCAGGCGCACCUCGUGCGGCAGUACGACACGACGCAGGCGCGGCCGCAGGGUAUGUAG